CUGCCCCCGCCCUUUCCGCCCCUCCCUCCCCCUCCGCCCUGUCUCUCGGCGGCAGCGGCGGCGGCGGCGGCUCGCGCAGCUCGUUGGCUCACUAUAUAAAGGGGAGAAGCGGGCGGACCGGACGGCUGGAGCUGCAGCCGGUGGCGGCAGCGGCGGCGCGGGGAGCGGCGACCGGUGGUGGUUUCCCUCCUUGGCGCGGGGUGGGGAGCGGGCAACGCCCCCUGGACCCCAAAAGGGUCGUGGCUUUUUUUUUUAAGGGCGAUUCUCGAGGUUUUUAGCUCUGGGAGGACUGCCCCCCUCCUCCUCCUCCUCUCACCGCUCCCCUCUACUCUUUCAGGAUUCGAUUUUGUUUGAAAUUUUUACCCCCAAUCUUGCGGUGGCUUGGGCCACCCUCCGGGUGUUUUGGUUUUCUUUUUUCUUUUUUGGUUUUGUUUUUAUCUUGUUUUCUCGGGCUUGCCCCCCUCUUGUUUGUGUUGUGUGUGGAAAUGGCGAACUCGGCAAAUACAAACACCGUGCCUAAAUUGUACAGAUCUGUGAUUGAAGAUGUUAUUAAUGAUGUAAGAGACAUCUUUUUGGAUGAUGGAGUUGAUGAACAAGUUCUGAUGGAACUAAAAACCUUGUGGGAGAAUAAACUAAUGCAGUCUAGGGCAGUAGAUGGAUUUCAUUCAGAAGAGCAGCAGCUUUUAUUGCAAGUUCAGCAGCAACAUCAACCCCAGCAGCAGCAACAUCACCACCACCACCACCAUCAGCAAACUCAGCCACAGCAGACAGUACCUCAGCAAGCGCAGACCCAACAGGUCCUUAUUCCUGCAUCACAGCAAGCUGCUGCACCACAAGUUAUAGUUCCUGAUUCUAAGCUGAUACAACAUAUGAAUGCAUCAAACAUGAGUGCUGCUGCUACAGCUGCUACCUUGGCACUCCCUGCGGGUGUGACUCCUGUUCAGCAGAUACUAACAAAUUCAGGCCAGCUUCUUCAAGUAGUAAGAGCAGCCAAUGGUGCCCAGUAUAUCUUUCAGCCUCAGCAGUCAGUGGUUCUCCAACAACAAGUUAUACCACAAAUGCAGCCUGGUGGAGUACAAGCUCCUGUUAUACAACAGGUACUGGCCCCUCUUCCUGGAGGGAUUUCACCACAGACAGGUGUCAUCAUUCAGCCACAACAAAUCUUAUUUACAGGAAAUAAGACUCAAGUUAUACCUACAACGGUGGCUGCACCUACACCGGCACAAGCACAGAUAACUGCAACUGGCCAACAGCAACCACAGGCCCAGCCUGCACAAGCACAAGCCCCAUUGGUGUUACAGGUUGAUGGCACUGGGGAUACAUCAUCUGAAGAAGAUGAAGAUGAAGAAGAAGACUAUGAUGAUGAGGAGGAGGAAGACAAAGAGAAAGAUGGAGCUGAGGAUGGGCAGGUAGAAGAAGAGCCCCUCAACAGUGAAGAUGAUGUGAGUGAUGAGGAAGGACAGGAGCUCUUUGAUACAGAAAAUGUUGUUGUAUGCCAAUAUGAUAAGAUACACAGAAGUAAAAACAAGUGGAAAUUUCAUCUCAAGGAUGGCAUUAUGAAUCUUAAUGGAAGAGAUUAUAUAUUUUCCAAAGCCAUUGGAGAUGCAGAAUGGUGAAGAGUUGGUUCUUUUCUUUUAUAAAUAAAACAAAGAAACUUAAAAAAAAUUAAAGUGGACAGUUUGAAACUUGGGACAUACACCAACCAAAACUUAACUUCUGCAUGUCAGAAAAGUGCAGUAGAAUCAAAGCUACUGGAACAAAGAGACCUUGACAACAUAGACACUACUAACUGGCAAGCCAUGGAACUGUAGCACCUGGGGUUGUUGGGGUGGGGGAGGUUGGGGUUUUGGAAAACCAUAACUGUUGAUUUUAAAUACAGGUACCUGCCACCAGUAAUUAGCAUGUAAAGCUUUGUCUAUAUUCCUUCCUUCAACUUGGGUUCAAUCAGAAGAAACUUGGAACGAACUGAAGAAAAUUCCCUUUUGAUAGAUUGAACUGAAACUGCGUAUCGUAUGUGGUUAUAUUUGGUAAAAAUUGCGUGUGAUCUUUUUACAAAAGGGUAAGAAUUAUGGUGUUGAAUUUUAUCACUUGUAUAAGGAAACAACUUAGAACUCUCAUUAUAGGUCUUAAAUAUUUUUACUAGCUAUUCUCCCUCAGUAAUAUAUACCUCUUCUUCCCUGCUUUAUGAAACAUCUCUUUAAGAGUUAAAGGAAGUAAUCAGUAAUCACAGUUUGGAGACAAAAUUUGACCCAGGAAUGGUUAUUUAUUUUAAUUAGGUUUUGUACUCAUUAAAUAUAACUUAAUUUAAAGACUUGGGCCUCAUUGAGUUAAACAGAAUUAAAAUGACAACUUUGGUUUCCUUACCAAAAAUGCUUGUUUCUUUUAGUCCCAUUCCUUAUGAAGAAACCCCAGGAUGGCUCCUCAGGAAUACAGUUUUAUUUCACAGAGGUACCAUCUAGCUGAAAUUACAUACAUAAGAAUAGAUACAGAUUUUUUCCUGUUGGGCUGAAGUAUAUGCUUAUAUAUGUGUUUAAUCUUUAAGCUAAACAGACAUUCAGAUAACAUUCUGUGCAUUGACUGAAGCAGUGGGUAGUGAGGACCUGGAUUUUUUUUAAAACAGUUUAGUAAUUAUAAAAGUUUCUUGUGUUUACUAGUGAAGAAUUUAAAAACUAUUCUAAUUGAACAAAUUUUUUUAAUUGCAACUUGGUAAUUUGAGGGAGAAAUUUUGGGGUUAAAGGGGGUGGGCCACUAAGUACAUAUUUACCUCUCUUUCAUUUGGUGGCCCUUCCAGGCCAUUGGUAAUGUAGGCAUGGGCUCCAGUUUGCACAUCGAGAAGAAAGCAUAGAAAUUUGACUUGUAUAUUAAGAAUAAUACAAAUGUAAUAUGUAUAUUAAGAAUGCACAGCUCUGUAUUCUGUAAGAGCCUCUAAAGAACAAUAUGGCAGUGCUGUGUUCUGUAUGAACUAGUUGCCUGGGAGAACUGUAGGAACACUUCAUCUGUGUUUUCUUAUAACUGAUUCUUUUUCAUGGUCUAUCUUGACAAAAUUAACGUGUGUUUAAGAUACUUGUACAUUGCUUUUUUUUUUUUUAAAGUCUUCCAUUUUUGUCUUCCUUUUAUUUGCCUUUGGUGUUUCCAGAAAUAACAGAAACACUUUACAUUGCAAAGAAAAACUGUGAGCUGUUAUAUGUUGUUGUUUUUUUUUAACAGAAAUCUUUAAACUUCUUAAAAAGGCUAAUUUUUUUUUUUUUCCCUACUUCCCACCCCACAUAGCAACUUGGUCCCUUUAACUUAUGUUCUGAACUUUGGUGUAAAUGAUGGUUUCUAGCAUGCUAGUAGUUAGGUUUUAUUUAGAUACCAUUAACUGGUGUAAUACGGUUUUAUUUUUUACUAUAUUAAUUUAGUUUUUUUGGAGGGGAGGUUUGUUUGUUUACCCCACUACUCAAAGCACACACAGGUUUUUUGUUUGUUUUUGUUAAUGAAUCUGGGAGAAGAGAAGGGAGGGAGUGAAAUCACAGAAGUCCUGUUUUUCAGUUGUCCUUCAGUUAGUUGCUAAUAGAUUUGUAUUUACCCAAUGAAGAAGUCAACCACCUGAACUACCUAUAAAAGUUUAGCAGUGCUGCAAUGUUGAUUGAAACCCUUUGGCUUGUUGUAGUUCUUCUGCUACUGAACCUUGAAUUACUAUAUGAUACACAGCUCAUGUUUUGGGCCUUCUAUGUAGACAAACAUUUGUAUUCAUAGUAGAAUUGUAUACAGGCCUGUUUUUAUAACGUUAUUUUCAAACAUGAACAACCACUGCUUUCAGAGUGACUCACUAGGGUUAUUUUGAAGCAGGAAAUAAUCAUUUGUAUUUGCACCUGUGUAUUGCAUAUUAAUUAUGGCAUACUUGGCAAAUGCUUUUCUUUUACCUGUGAAAAUUCUGAAAACCGGUCCAAACAACACUGCAUACCAAAUUGUGCUCUUAAUAUAUUACUGCAUCGUGUUCCUUUUUAAUCAGAUAGAAUGUUUUGGUUUUAUUAUAGUGGCUUGCUAUAAGAAUGCCACUUGCUUAUCUUUUACUGUACUUGAAUUCUUAAUCAUGCUUUUACAUUGUAUUUAACAAAUCAUUUCAUUAGGUUCUAUAAAAUGUCAUUCCUUUGAAAAAGGCAAGGAUUCCCACUUUCAGAAUUUUAAAAUAAAAAUAACAUGUUUAUUCAAAGAGGGAAAAUAGUUCAGACUUGGUAUUAUGAAAAUAAGUAAAGGUUUCAGAAGAGAAUUUGUUGAGAUUUGCACAGAUGGUGAUGGCACCUUUUACUACAAAAAAAAAAAAAGAUUAAUGUUAACAGUGCUAAGGAAAAUUUACACAAAAUUACUAGGUAAAGUGUGGAAAUGUGUGCCUUUCAGUAUAUGUACUCUUUUUUGGUGGUCGUUUGGAUAAUCAGACCAUUUGAAUUGCCUGAGAGCACAUUUAAUUUCUGUGGAGAGCCACAUUUGGCUACAACAACUUUAAUGUGCAAUUAGUUCCUAGAGUAAAAUGUCUGUUAUAUGAGGGGGAUCUUUAUAUUGGGCUUUUAUAUUUUUUAAAUGUUCACAUUUCUUUCUGUUAAUUAAAUGUCAUCAUAUCACAUAUUGUUGCCUCUCUUAAAAUCAAAGCCACCUUGAUGUUAUUCUUAGGAAUAUAUCAGGAUCUGUGUGGUGUGUAUAGUGAUUAAAAUAUGUUCUUGAAGAGCAUAUUCUAAUAGAUUUUGGUUUUAGCAAGAACAUAAAAAUAUAAUAGCUUUUGUAUAAAGAUUUUCUUUUGCUAUAUUGAAAAUCAAAGAUUUGGUUUUCUUUUUUUCUGGCUUUUAUGGAGGAAUAGAAAAGGGUUGUCUCCCUCUAAGUAAUUUUUGGUUACCUUAUAGCAAUAAUGUCAGCAUUCUUUUCAAAAGGUAAAUAUGCCUUGUACAGGAAAACACAUAAUUUCCUCUUGGGAGUUCCCUUUAUAACUUAGCAUUUUCUUCCACUUGAGAAAAUUCCUAUAUUUUCAGAUUACUUCAUCUUGAACUUUUUGAACUUUUGUGCAAUGGAAUAUUUUAUUGAUCCAUCUUUGUACAUUUUCAUUUGAUUUCAUGUCUGUUUGCCAUCUAUCUGUCUGAGUCAGCUAUUUCAGAUUUUGAAUUCAUUGGUUAAAACAUAGUUGCUUAAAUAGUUCCUCAUGAGUUUAUAUUAAAUAGUUUUGCAUUUUAAUCUAUUAUGCUAUGGAAAUUAUUCUGAAGUUUAUAAUUCCCUUUUUAAACCUGCCUUAGCCUAUCUUUUGUCAUUUUUUAUGAUUUAAGGAAGAACAUACCGAACUUAAUAUUUGUGAUUAUUUUGAGGAACAAGAGAAAUGUUUUUCUUCUCUUAAGGGAAGAACUGCUUUGAAUUAGUAACUACUAUUUUAGUCAAGUUUCCUUAAAUCGGUCCAGUAUGUGUCAGGGCUACAAUUUUGGGGGAGGGGCUAAUCCUUUCGCUGUUCUGAGCUACUAUUGUCAACUGCUGUUGUACAUACUGUUAUGUGUAAGGGCGUAAAUAUAUUUAUUAUGUUUGUAAAAUUCAUUCUGUACAAUUGCAGAUCAAGGUUGCUCUUCUGUGAUAUACAGGAUAUUAUGUUUUAAAGACCAUCUUGGAAUACAAUUAGAGAACUUAGUAUUUUGAUGUACUAAGACCUAUUUUAAGUUUAAUAUUUUACCUUUGCAAAAACUUUAAUUAAAGAUGUUAUUUAAAAAAGUAA